AUGAUUCGGCAGAAUGAUGUAAACAUGGGAAUCAGAUAUGGGUCAGGACUUACAGAGGCUGAGCUGAAGAAUGUUCUUUUCAAAGUUGGAGAUCAGUUGAAAGUCCAAGGGAGGAUUCAUUCUGAUGCUAAAAGGUUCCGAAUUGACCUGGGCUCCAGCUCCAGUGAACUAGCUCUUCAUUUUAACCCUCGUUUUCAUGAUGAUGAUGAUGAAAAGAUGCCAGUGCUGGUGUGUAAUUCAAUGUGUGACGGCAUCUGGAACCAGGAGCAAAGGGAUCACAACCCUUUCCAGCCAGGUUCCACUUUUAAGGUUGUAGUGAAGCACGCAGGAGGACUGUUUGAGGUGAUGCUACCUGACGGGCAGAUGACUGAGUUCCCCAAUCAGCAAGAGCUGGAGGUCAUCACUUAUAUUUGUAUCAAGGGUGACAUUAGUCUCACUUCUUUCAAGCUGAAAUGA